UUUAUUGUUAGUGUUUUAAAAUCUGUAAUAAAAAAUGUUGAGAAUAAUACUUCGAUAUAUUGGAUUCAUCUGUUUGUUGUUUAAUAUGUUGACUACCUUGGAGGCUAACUUUAGUGUAUGUGAUGAGAUUAAUUAUCAAGCUUUACCGAAAUAUAAUUUAUAUCAAAAGCAUGCACGUUCUACAGAAACAAUAAUAAUUCAAAAAAAACUGUUAUCUUUGAGAGAAUGUAAAAAUUUUGCGAUAUUAAAGAAAGCUUUGGCUUUUAAUUUUAAUCCAACUCCGAACUUAUCUAGAAGAGAACAUGAUGAUUAUUCAUUUAAUUGCCAAGUAUUAAAUUGCCCAGAAAUUUAUUCUUCUACUUCUCUUAUCAGAGAUCAAAGAUACCAUUAUUACAGCUUGUAUUCUCGUAAAUUACUGCCUGCUAAAAACAAUGUAAAUUAUAUUGUAACAUGUGUACCAAAAGUUGGAUUAUUUAUAUUUUCAAAAGUAAGGAAAAAUUUUACUGAAGCUCAACAAACAUGUAAAAACAUGCAUGGUACAUUGGCACACAUUGUUAGUGAAGAAAGAACCCAAGGUUUAGCUAAAUUUAUAAAUUCUCCUACAUUCAUUGGGCUUAAUAAUAGAGGCAAAGAACAGAUUUGGAAAAAUGAGUUUGGUGAACCUUUAUCAUGUUUUCGAUAUCGUGCAUGGGCAAAAGGUGAGCCAACACAAUCGCGUGGGUGUACAACUCUUGUUAAAGAAAUAACUAAUAAACAUGAUUCUCGAUCAUUUUGGAAAGUUGCUUCAUGUUCACGAAGAUUAACUUUUGUCUGUGAAAUUUUACCUUUAAAAUCAAAGACUCACAAAAAACAUAGAUGGUAAAUAAAAUUUAUUACACCAAAACAUUUACAAUGGUGU